CCAUCCACCAAUUCACAUUUUCCUACUAUAACUCGUGUAAUUGUGUUAGUUUUCACCAUGGCUUCCCAGCACCAAGACAACCUCAAGAUCACCAAAGAUUUCCUUUGGCCAGAAGAAGAUCUAGCACCCGCCCACGAAGAGCUCAACGAGCCCGUAAUUGACCUCGAGAGCUACUUCGGGGGCGGGGAUGAGGCAGAAACGGCAUGCCAGCUCGUUCGGGAAGCCUGUCUAAGCCACGGGUUAUUCCAAGUGGUAAAUCACGGCGUUGAUCUUGACCUCAUUCGCGAGGCCCGCCCUUGUGCUUUGGCCUUCUUUAAGCUACCGGUUGCCGAGAAGUUCAAGGCGCAGAAGCGGCGUGGUAGCUUGUACGGCUAUUCGAGCGCCCAUGCAGAGCGUUUCACUUCGUUGUUGCCGUGGAAGGAGACAUUGACUUUGGGCUUCCGCGAAAGAUGUACCGAUCUAGCCAUCGUUGACUUCCUCACAUCUUCAUUUGGACCAGAAUAUGAGCAUGCCGGGUUGGUGUACCAAAAAUACUGUGAAGCCAUGACCAAGUUGUCGAUGGAGAUCAUCGAGAUGUUGGGAAGGAGUCUAGGGAUCGACCCUUCAUACUACAAGGACUACUUUGAUGAUGGGUUUUCAACGUUGAGGUUCAACUUCUACCCUCGUUGCGAAGAGCCGGAUCAGACCCUGGGAACCGGCCCCCAUUGUGACCCUAACUCCAUCACCAUCCUCCACCAAGAUGACUUAGUUCAAGGCCUUCAUGUCUUCGUCGACAACAAAUGGAAGUUUGUGAGGCCUAACUCUGAUGCACUCGUUAUCGGCAUUGGUGACACCUUCUAGGUAAUUAACCCCCAAUCCUUAUUAUAAGGGUCAAGGAACCAAACCAAAGUAUACAAUACACAAACUAGAGUAGAUACAUCUAGAAUUCAUAAUAAAAUUCAAGAAAGAACAAUAAAUGCGGGUUAAUCAU